AACAGUCAAAACAGCGCUGUCGACGUCCGCGACGCCUGGCGUCACCGUCUUUAAUCUCGCUCGCAUCGGGGGUUCGUCUCUCAAGAUGGCGGGUAGGGGCAUGAACUCCGCGUCCGACAACGGCGAUGUCUCGUCGGCGACGGAAAACGCGAAGUCCAGCGCGGCCAAGCAGUCCAAAAACACGCAGUGGGUCAAACUCAACGUCGGCGGCACCUGCUUCCUGACGACGCGCACUACUCUGUGUCGCGAUCCCAAAUCGUUUCUCUACCGUCUCUGCCAAGAGGAUCCCGAACUCGACUCUGACAAGGACGAGACGGGAGCCUACUUAAUAGACCGUGACCCAACCUACUUCGGCCCCAUUCUUAACUACCUGCGGCACGGGAAGUUGGUCAUUAACAAGGACCUCGCAGAAGAAGGCGUGCUGGAAGAGGCAGAGUUCUACAACAUAGCCGAACUGGUAAAGAUGGUGAAACGGCUCAUCCAGGAGCGCCAGCAGCACCACAAGUCGCGCGACGCGCGCAAGCACGUCUACCGCGUGCUCCAGUGCCACGAGGACGAGCUUACGCAGAUGGUCUCCACCAUGUCUGACGGCUGGCGCUUUGAGCAGUUGAUCAACAUCGGUUCGUCAUACAACUAUGGCAAUGACGACCAUGCCGAGUUCCUCUGCGUGGUGUCGAGGGAGUACCCUAGCUCCUCGUCUCACACAACAGACCGCGAGUUUGAGCCAACUGACCGGGCCCAGCUCAUUCAGCAGAAGGCGGCCCGCAUGUGAAGAAUCCGGCAGGGAAGGAGCGACGACCGCUUCUGUCUUUUCCAUUGUUCCCCCCCCGUCGAAGCCAUGUUUGGCAACACAUUUCUCGCCUCUGGCCAUCCGUGCCGGAGGGUGGCGUGACGAAGCCGCGAGAAAACACCGGACGGUGUUGACGCCGACACAAGUGCUGUCGCGUCAUGUUUGUGCCACCGAGCGAGAAGAAGGGCUCGUCAUCUGUGACGCUUGUUUUUGUACGAAGACAUGCCCUCCCCCUCUCUCACCUCCUCGUGCACCCGUGUUCUUUCUCAUCGGCCUGGUGGCAAUGAAUCCCCUUCGGACUUAACAAGUGUGCACGGUGCUGCGCUUUUCGUGCUCAUUCGUGACUUGGUGCCAGCCCAUGUACUUAAAAAAAAAAUGAAAGGGAGAAAAAAAAAAGAAGUCUGGCAUUCCGACUUGGCACACCCAGGUGCCGUCUGAGGACAACAGGUGGCAGUGAACAAACAACUUGUGCUGACUGGAGUGCGGCUUUCGGGGUACUGCAGAAAGCUUUUAGAUUGGUUUGGUGAGAGGCUGUGCUUUGUCAACUGUUUUGUGCCCCAAGGUCUGCAGGCUGGUUUGUAGUAUGAGUGCUCAUGCUGAUUAAGGGGGGGGGGGAGCUUAUUGUGUUAGGCAGUGGUGCAGCACUGUUCUCAGUCUUUUGUUUUUUUCUAUGUGACUUUUCUUUUUCCACAAUGCUGUUUUGUGGCUGUAAGCGAACGUGGUGAUGCGAUUUGGCAAGCUCUGCGCGGUCCAUAUUUUGAACAUGUUGCUUUUGAUAUUCCUCGUUUCCGCAUCACGGAAAGCGAGACAGAGGACUGUGUCAACAGUGUUGUGUUAUUGCCAUCAGCAUAUUUAGUGCCUAUUGCGGUAGACACCAUGCAAAAAUAUUUGUGUUUGCCCGCCAGUCAACAUAUUUUGCACUUUGACAUUAUUUUGCGUGUUCAGAGAGGAAAGCGUGUUAGUUUCCAUGCAGCGUGCUGCAUUUCCAUUUCCUCAAGCAGCAUUUGCUUUUGGUAAUAAGUGGAAUGUGAUCUGAGAGAUUCCUUAUGAAGGCUGCCAUCUUGUUUGAUUGCAGUGAGAUUUUGUAAGGUACGGCAUACAAAAAUGCAGUGUUCUUCAAUAAUUAUGUUGGCUUUCAUCAGAAGUAUGUAUGGGUUGGUGGGGAAGUGAGUAUGCCUGUGAUGGAACCAGUGCCCAAGGCCUACAGAGAAGCUCUUCGGGAUGUUGACUGCACCCUUGUUUUGGCUCGCCUUUUAGUGAGCAGAAAGUUGCAAGCAGUCGAAUGUCAUAUAAGUCAGAGCGGCAAGCAGUGAGGACAGCACCUUGACGGGAAGCUAAUGUGGAGCUUGCGCACUACGUCGUACACGACAUUUCCAGUUGAUGAAGUACUGUUUUGGAAAAUCCUUGCUACAUCAGCCUUCAGUGCAGAGGCAGGUGUAGGUAGUGGUGUAGGAGGUAAAGUUGCUGUCUAGUCUGCACUCCUUGCAGUCUCAAGUUCCCAUAACUUUCUGUGUGUCCCCCCCAUUAGCCAUGGGGUUGGCACGAUGAAUAAGCAGUUCCAGCGAUCACUGACCUGUGCACACGGCCCACAGUUUGUAAUGCUUGCAUUCUCCGUUUUUCUACGUGACGACUCGGCACACCGCAUUUGAGAGCAACUUGGAGUGUGCGCACUUUGGAAAGCACCGCAGCUCCUCUUGCUGCUGCUACCGUUUUCACACCAAGAAUGUUUCUAGUGAGUGUGUUUACAACAUUGUGUGUGCGUGUUUGUGUGCGUGGUCAUAGCAGUUACUUAACAUCACGUGCAUCGUUCCCGUCGUCAUUGUCUGGUUGCCUUCAUGUGACCAUGUAGCUCCAUUGCUGCUUGGUUAUGUGCUCUAUCACUGUGCACCGAUGACAGAGCUGUUAGGGUAUGAAAGGUAUGUCAGUGGAGGUGUGAAUGAAAUGCCUUUUCAUAACACCUUAAAGAAUUGGCGCUCUCCAUUUUGAUGUCUUUCUUUUUUUUUUGUCACCCUUAAUUGGUGUCUUUGUGAGCCAGUCUUAGCCCAGGCGGCUGG